AUGAAAAUUGUUCGUAUGUACGGAUGUGGUCGUUUAUUGAAAGUAUCCAGUGAUGAACAGAAUAGUGGCGAUAGUAAUGAUAAUAAUAAUCUUAAAUUGGGCAAAUUUCAAAUUGACUCAAAUGUGAAGAUAGGGAUUUGUGUGGAUGAUACGAAUAGCAAUUAUAACUUGUUGCUUCUCUCUGAAAAUGAUAGAACCCUGUUGAAAAAGUUCAUUAUCAAUACUUUGUUGAGUAUCAUCGUUAUAAAUAAACGUAUUAUUGCGAUUGACGUGCGUCAUGAUGGACAGUUGAUUAAAUGCGAACGGGAACCGAGUGUUUUGGUGUAUUUUGAUGAUGUUAAAGGUAUUGUUCACGUUGCAGAGAUGUCGCAGUUACUGCAUGAUGUUAAUUUACGUAUGGCCUCACAAAAGCCGAAUUCAAAUGAUGAACGUUCAGCAUUUAUAUCUUGUAAUAAUAACAGUAAUAUCAAUAAUAAUAAUAAUAACGAUCACGACAUGUCAGUAUUUGAUGCAAGAACUGAACAUGCAUCUGCGUCACAAUAUUUCCAAUUUUAUGGUUAUUUGUCACAACAACAAAAUAUGAUGCAGGACUAUAUUCGUACAUCAACAUAUCAACGUGCGAUUCAUGUGAAUUCAAAUGAUUUCAAAGAUAAGGUAGUGAUGGAUGUGGGAGCUGGCAGUGGUAUACUGUCGUUCUUUGCGGUUCAAGCAGGUGCGCGGAAGGUGUAUGCGGUCGAGGCGAGUUCAGUGGCAAUCCAGUGUGCAGAAUUGGUGCGAAGUAACAAUUUAACGGACAAAAUAGUGGUGGUGCCAGGUCGAGUAGAAGAAAUCAUGAUCCCUGAAAAAGUAGAUAUUAUCAUAAGUGAACCGAUGGGUUAUAUGCUUGUCAACGAGAGGAUGCUCGAGUCAUACAUUCAUUCAAGAAAAUUCCUUAAAAAUGGAGGUCGAAUGUUCCCGACGCUCGGCGAACUACACGUGGCACUGUUCAGUGAUGAAGCGCUGUUCAUUGAACAAAGUACAAAAGCAAAUUUCUGGUGUCAAGAGAACUUCCAUGGAAUUAAUCUCACCGGUUUACGUGCACAAGCACUCGUCGAAAUAUUCAAACAACCGAUUGUGGAUACAUGGCAUGUGAACACACUGAUGUCUGGCAGUACAAAGUGGUCGGUGAAUUUUGAGACUGACGAUGAAAAUGAAUUACACAAUAUACACAUUCCGUUCGAAUUAAGUGCUAACAAAAACGGUUUUGUACAUGGUUUGGCGUUUUGGUUUGAUGUGGCAUUCAUUGGUGGAGUUGCAACAAUUUGGUUGUCAACUGCACCAACUGAACCGUUAACACACUGGUAUCAAGUGAGAUGCCUUUUUGAUAAACCUGUGAUGGUUUUUGUGGGGCAAACCGUUAAAGGAACUGUUAAUAUGAUUGCAAAUGAGAGACAAAGUUAUGAUGUUGAAGUAAGCGCUGAAAUCGGCGAUGUAAGAGUGAGCAAUACAGUUGAUUUGAAGAAUCCUUUGUUCCGUUAUAAUGGGAGUGCCGUUCUGAUACCUGCUGGCUUCAGUAAUGAAUCACCUUCGGACGCUAUUCUCCAACAUGCUAGUUCGAUUUUAUUCUUUUUUUCGAUUUUCCGAUAUUCUAUAAACAUCAAUGUUUAUUAUUUUAAUAUUUAG